AUGUCAGGACGCGGCAGAGGCGGCGGAGGCGGACGAGGACAAUACUACAAAAACCGCUAUGGCGGCGGCGGCAGAGGACGAGGCCGUGGAGGUGGCAGCGGUGACGACUCAGCCGGGGCGUCUCAGCAGCAAGCUCAGACGGGUGGAAACCGUACGGUGAAAGACUGGCAGCAGCUACAAGGCGAUCUCGAGAGGAUUGAUCGAAACCAAUAUGGCGCCUACAAACAGCUUUUGGGAUCGUACAACCACAUCCAACCGAAGUUCACACUCAGCAUCGACUAUGUCCAAGGCGAUCCCUAUGCCUCGCCAUCACGUGUCCGGGCCGUCAUGCCAUGGAGCGAAACCAAUCUUCCAGACGAGUAUUUCCAAUCAGACGCCCGCAAGAUUGCGGUCUGCGAUUUCGUGACGAGAGUAGCAGCCGAUUUCAUCAGGACAAAGCACCUUGAUCAAAGCCUGGGAGGUUCGGGUGGCGGCUGGUCCGGUCCCAAGGGGGGCGCGUUUAACAUCAACGCCUGUGGGCAAGAGGUGCUCCCACGCACCAGCGCCUUGAUCAGCAACAAUGACACGAUCGAGCUGAGGUUCACCACCACUUUGCCAGCAGCAGGCAGGACGAUCUUGGGUGAGCAGGCCUGGCAGAUUCUUGGGGUAAACCUGGUAGAGCUCGUCCAGAAAGCGUUAUUGCAUGCGAAUUUGGACCAGCAGAAGCUCCAGCAGCAUGUCCUUUCUGUCGAGCGCCAACGUGGUCUGAGGGAGCAGUUGGCGUCACAUGGUCUGAUUGCCUUUGUCGCCAAUGGAUCGAUCUUGCCCCGGUCAUCUGGUGCUUCGUCAAGGCCGAUGGAUAAUGCUGUGCCUUUCCAGUCACCAAAAGAGUCCGAGGUCACUCUGAAACUCCCCAACGGCUCGACUGUCCAAGGAAUGGGUAUACCCAAAGGCAUCACGUUGCUCACCGGUGGUGGUUUUCAUGGCAAGUCGACUGUGCUCGAGGCUCUUGAGUUGGGCGUCUACGACCACGUGCCCGGCGAUGGACGAGAGCUCAUUGUCACCGAUCCAACUGCAGUCAAGAUCCGCGCCGAGGAUGGACGCAGUGUGACCAAGACCGACAUCAGCCCUUUCAUCUCAAACCUGCCCGGAGGCAAGGACACCAGAAGCUUCUCCACCGACGAUGCCAGUGGAUCGACGUCUAUGGCGUCCAGUAUCCAGGAAGCUCUCGAAGCCGGCUGUACCACCCUCCUCAUCGACGAAGAUUCUUCCGCAACGAAUCUGCUCGUUCGCGACCAGCGCAUGCAGGCUCUGAUCAAGAAGGAACCCAUCAUGCCGCUCAUCAGCAAGGCGAAAGCACUGCAUACCCAACACGGAGUCAGCACCAUUAUCGUCGUUGGUGGACUCGGAGACUGGCUCACCGUGGCGGACAACGUGAUCGCAAUGGAUGCUUACACUCCACACAACAUCACCACCAACGCUGCCGCAAUCGUCUCGCAGUACCCAAGCGUUGUUCAUCAGGAUGAAAAGUAUGGCUCACUACCGCUCCGCAAGUUCCAAGUCAACUUGUCCGGUCUACGAUCGCCGUUCGCACCCCGAAAAGACUUCAUCAAUCUGCGCCCACAAGCGAAAGACCCCGUCUCAAACCCAGCAGAGGCGGAGUCGGGAAUCGACCUCUCAGCGCUCGAUCAAGUAGUCGAAGUCGGACAGGCGCGGAUGAUAGCAACGCUGCUGUCGAAGGUUGCUGAGCAGACGGCGAUGAGCCAUCUCGACCUCUCCGCCUUGCUGAAAGCGCUCGACGGAGCCGUCGGCACUGAGAUGUGCUUGCCUGCUGCGCUCGGGGAUGGCGAGCUGGUGGCAGUGCGGCGGUUUGAGCUGGCCGCUGCGCUGUCUCGGCUUCGCGGGUUGGUGGUUACGUGCUGA